AAGAUUGUGCGGAACAGUUGAAAAGGCCAUUGCUAAUUGGAGUAUAUGACCGAACUUUUGAGCACACUAAACUUUUUGAUCGUUAUAUGAAAAGGAAUGUUAUUGGAGGCGUACUUCCCGAACUUUAUACAUUUUAA